CAUUCCUUCACAUACGUAAAAAAAAAAUAUUAAAAAAGCAAAAUAAAGUUGAGAAAAUCUGAAAGAAAGAAAAUUCUAAGGAAAACAAAAGCAAAAUCUCAGAUUUGCUAAUAAAACAAAUUUACACAUCAUUUAAAAGUAUACGCCAUAGAGUUUUGAAAGUUGGAGCUAUAUAAAAACCCUCUUCUAUACACUGGCAAAACUAUUAAGAAACGCUUAAAAACGGACUAGUAUACCAACACAUAUAUAAAGCCAUACACAUACACAUAUUUUUCUUUAACCAACCGCCCACCCCCCAAACCCCCAACAAAAAUUUACUGUUUACACACUACUUGCUACAUACAUACAAAAUCCAUUAGGCGACGACAGGCUGCUAAAGUAGCGAGAGAAUCCAAAAUAAAAAAAACGCCCCCUCUAGCAGCAGCAGCAGAGAAGGCAAAAUUUCCUUUUAUCCAUAGCUUCACAACUAACAUUCGAACAGAAAAACACCUAGUGGACGGGGGCACAAAAAGGAUACAAAGAACAAAAAAGUAGGAAACAAAAAACGGGGAAAACAAGAGAAACAAUACACACAGGACAUUUUGUUUUGUCAUUUAGAGAAAUUAAAGUGUACUAAACCAAGGAUUUUGCACAAACAACAAAUUACAUAAACAAGCCAAAGUGAAACAGUAAAAGGCCAAAGAAAUCUGAGAGCAGUGCAGCGCAGAGAAAAUAUUAAAAAAAAAGAUACAAAACUUAGAAUUCCCAAGAAAAAGAAAAAAACCACAAACAACACAUCCGUAGUCAUCGCAGUCGUUGUCAUUGUUGUCAGUUGAGAAUACUAAAAAAAACACAACCAUUUUAACCGCCCACGGUCUUACAAAAUCGAUAUAAGUUUCAAUUUAUAUAUACCCUAGACGACGACCACGACCACGACCCCUACUACAAGAUACCAGAAGAGGAAAAAGGAAUAGCAAUAACCAAGCAAGCAGUCAAGCAACCAUCUAAGCAACUAACAUUGGACAUCACCAUCUAAACAAACAAAAAAUCACCACACUCUAACAAAUCAUGGAUAUGUUAAAUCAAAUAUUAAAUAUGAAUGCGGGCGGUGCCUAUGGCGGAGGCAAGGCGGGAGGUGCCUUCGAUCCUCUUUCAUUUGCCAUGAAACCACAAGUAGUGAUACGAGCCUUGUGUUGGCUCUUCUCCAUUGUGGUCUUUGGCUGUAUAUCCUCGGAGGGCUAUCGCGAAGAAGAUGGCAAAGAAGUCUGCCUAUUUAACAAAGACAAUAUGGCGUGCAAAUAUGGCAACACUGUGGGCGUGUUUGGUUUUAUUGCAUCGAUCGCUUUCAUUGUUGGCGAAUAUCUGUUUGAAAGAAUGUCAUCGGUGAAAAGUCGAAAACGUUUUGUAUUAGCCGAUAUGGGAUUCUCAGCAUUUUGGGCAUUUAUGUAUUUCGUUGCCUUCAUUUAUUUGUGGUCUCAAUGGAGUUCGGCCGAAAUGCCUCCAGGCGGCAUUGGAGCGGGUAACAUGCAAGCUGCCAUUGUGUUUUCAUUGUUCUCUAUAUUGACAUGGGCGUUGUGUGCUUUUCUGGCGUACAAACGUUUCUUAAUUGGUGCGGGUGAUGAAUUCACUUCGGCCUUUGAAAAUGAUCCAGCUAAUGUGGUGCAUCAGCAGGCCUACACCAGCUAUUCCAUGGACAAUGAUAAUGACCAAUAUAGUGCUUCGCCAUUUUCAGGCCAGCAGCAAGGCAUGGAACAACAAAACAUGGAAUAUCAACAACCCACCUAUUAGAUAUCAUUUAAAUAAAAACAAAACAACUAAAAAAAACUAUAUAAGCAGAUUUAAUAUUUAUAAAUAUAUUGUAAUUCUCGUUUUGUAGACAAGUUUAACCUAAAAAAAAUCUAAAAACAAACAAAAAAAUAGAUACAAACUACAAAUGAUUUCAUAAAGUAUAUAUAUACAAUACAUAUACACACACACUGAGAAAAAUAAAAUUAAACUAUAUCAAAAUUAAAAAAAAUAUAUAUAUAUAUAUAUAUAUAUAUAUUUAAAAACAAUUGGCGCUCAAAUUGGAAAAUGAAAAGAAGAACUAACAGCAACUAAACUUUGUAAACUUGAACAAUACAGAAAAUACACCGAAAUGAUACAUAUUUAACAAAACCAAAAACAGCAACAACAAAGCCCCUCUAACAAAACACAACUGAAGACAACAACAACAACAAAUGAGAAACACAAUAAAACUGUAAUAAACAAUACAUAUUAUAUAUAAAUAUUUAAUAAUAAUAAAUAUAUAUAUAAAAAUAUA